AUAGCUAAACCUGUCACAACGAAGCAAUGUGAUUGGUCUCGGGCUUUUCGCAGUCUAAAAAUAGAAGCAGUAUUGCACCAUAACAUCCCUCGAACUUGCUCCUUUCAAGUAUUCAUGUAGAGAGAGGGGAAGAAACAGCAAAGGGACACCGUGGGAGCAGGUUUGGCGAUAGCCAACGCAGGCGGCCAGUGGAGAAUCCAGAACAAGUAAACCCCAAGGACCAACACCCGGAGUUGAAAUAUCCUACUCGAAGAAAAUUGGAGGAUUUGUGCCCAUCGACGACAAUCAACCCAGUGGAUUUUGAUCUCUUGACAAGCGAUUUUAACGCGAUGUUUCAAGACGAGAAGCAAGGAUUCGGCCCAGGCACAGAGGAGCUGGCGUUAGGCGACGGUGUCCCCUCCUCGCUCGAUCAACUUGUCGACUGGCUGGAUAUCGCAUGGGGAGAGACUGAUGACACGUCUCUGUCCCACGAUAUCCAGCACUUCGAUACGUUCUCUACGGAUGACAAGUGGCCUAUUUAACACAGGUAGUAGCGGUGACUCGGCCGAGAUCACCGCUAGUCAGAAACCUGUGCAAAUGUUUGGCAACAUUGACAUGGAAGAUGGCCUGUUGGGAGACCACCUUGAACAAUCCAGCCUUGAUCAUAAGAUUUUUAAAGAUCUUCUUGGAUUUCCUGAUCCUCUUGCAGAUGACAGCAUGGACAGUUUUGUUGAUCUAUCCUGCUUCAUGGGUAAUGCCAUGGAAACAUAUAAGGAUCAAGAUGACGCGGCUGCUACCUCUGAGUCUACUUGCCCAAUAGAUGAGGGGAUGAUGAAUAACAAGGUUCUUAAAAGGCGCUUUUCUGCAGUGUCACUUGUUGACAGCUCCUUGGCUGAGCCACUUGUUAUUGAGAAACCAUCAUGCCAUGACCAUGCCUAUGUUGCCAAGCGCUCAAAGAAAUCUGAGCUGAAGGAAGAAUUAUCUGUGGAGAACGAUCAUUCUGUUUCUUUCUGUACUAAUCCUGAAUCUCCUCUCCCCUCAACCUCUCACACCAAAGUGUCAGAGAACAGGUAUCGGAAUCGCCGUGAAAAGAACAAUAUUGCGUCAAAACGCUCACGUGAGGUUCGCAAGCAGAAGUUUGUAGAUAUGGAGAAAGAAGCCAGUCGCCUGGAGAUAGAAAAUGCUAGCUUGGAGAAGCGUAUUGUGGAGUUGGAACAACUGGCCAAGCAGAUGAAAGAAAUUCUGGUGGCAAAGAUGGCAGGAAAGUAACAGUACAAGAAGAUCUUAAAACAUUUUUCAGAAAAAUCUGACAGCAGAUAAUCUUAAAAAAUGGUGACUUAUCAGACAUAUUGCUGAGAUAUGUAAUAUUCUGAUUCGUCAGUGGGGUUUAGCAAGCAUCCUGACAGCCUGCUUUACUGUUCACCCCUACGACAUUGCAAAGAGGAUAUCAGCAUAACUGAUAAAAGGAAGUUGAAGGUGGUUACCAUAUUGAUGUCAUCAUUGAGUGUCAGAUUAAAACUGUGUCAUCACCAAAUUAACCAUCAAAAAAGUGCAGAAGCAUAUAGAAAAAAAGAUUUUUGAUGAAAGCAGAUGUUCCCAUCACACUUUUGAAAUAGAAGCAUGUUCAAUGAUCAGAAGUUAUUGUAAAAUCUGUCACAAAAGGUGUUGCAAUGUUGCUUUGUACAGCGUGAUCUGAUUGUGUCCACUGGCUUUGGUUCUGAAAAGUCCUUGACAUUCUGUCAUCUUUUCUCUCUUUGUUACUUUUUCUAUCUUCAUUUUUUGCUAUCACCACUACUUCAUAAUUUGCUGUAAUGGGAGUGGGGGACUAAGAAAAGCAUUUGUGCCAAAAACAACAGAAUUUUUAUAUUAAUUUGCAGGCAUCUUGAGCUUAAUUUUGCACUUGAUUCUUCAGCUCCUUUAAGGUCAUGAUACUUUUUAUGCUCUAAGGCUUCAAAAAUGUAUAGCUUCAAAGCAUUUUAUUUUCAUCUACAUAUCUGUAUAAAAGAACUAAAAAUGGAUGGUCGCGAAAGAUCAUGACUGUCAAUAACUUGAAUAAUAAAAGAAUAGCAAAAGCAUAAUCAAAUUCAAGUAGUACUUUUUACUGAUUGUCGCUAUCAUCAGAGUAGUGACUAUAAAAAACAGCUAGUUGCCAGCUUAAAUAUCUCAGUUUAAACCUUAUUGAAACAAAGCUACUGUAAAGAAAUUUUGAAUAAUCUACAUUUUAACUAUUAAAAAAAGAAAGAUAUUUUCAUGACUUUAGCAGUGGCUUUCAUUUUUUGGGGUAAACUUUCUAGUAAGCUUGUAGUUCCAGUGCUGCUGGUGUUCUUGUAUCCCUAAAGAGGGAUUUGUUCUUAGUUGCUUAACAGAGAAACUGUCUCCACCGGGUUGCCUUCAUUUGUUUUGGCAUCCAGUGGGUGGUGAUGUGUGCUUAUGACAGUUUCUUUGUUCUGUGGCAAUUCAUUUACUAUAUAAAGUUGUCAGAGAUGGGAAGUGGGAUGUGUAAGAAAUGGAUGGUAUAAUUAAAUUGCUUAAAAAAGGUUAUUAAAGAAGUUUUAAGCAGUAUUUUAUGAUUUGAUUAGUAUAAAAUUUACAUUUUAUGACAGAAUACUGUUAGCAAGAGAUGUUCAAGAAACAUCACACUGGUUGUACAAAUAUGUACAUGAUGAACAAGUAUGCAUAAGAAAUUCGGGGGAAAAUUUGUGGACAAUAUGUAGAUAACUCUAUGGCAGUUAAGUGAUUGGAUAUGGUUCUCUAUGAUAGCUUAUUCUCUUCUGAAUGAAAUUUUUGUGUGAAUUUUUUUUUUACUGCAAAUGUCAUUGGCGUGUAAAGAUUUUUUACAGAAUUGUGUGAGUGUGAAAAUAUUUACUUAUAAAUGAUGCAAAAAUGACUGAAAGAAUUGACUUAAAGAAGAGAUAAGAAAUGUGUUUGCUUAAAUGUCAGUUUUAAGCAGAAUCUUUAAUGUUAUGUAUUGUUGAAGCUGAAUACAUGCUAUCAUAUGCAAUUCUUUAUAAUGAUCCCAUUUACGGCAUAGCUACAUACUUGGGUGCCAAUGCUGCUGAGCUGUCAUUGUUGCACCAACUAUGUACUUUACCAUGCAUUGUGUCAUAAAUAGCCUUAAUUUAUAAUUUUUUAAUGGCAGUAAUGGUGGUGGCGGUAGGAGUCAUCUAUUAAAACACAGUUCUAGAAUCCGCUGUUGCACUUUUUCAGAUGUGAAAAUUUUUAUUUUUAUGCCUGCCUCGGAUGCUGUAUAGUGAGAAAUGUGCAUGUAGAGGUUGGAAAUUUGAUUGUGGGAAGAAAAUGGGUGGGUUUUUUCAUUAUUAUUAUUAAUAGGCUGCUUUUUGUCUGCUCAACCCAUUGUCUUAAAGCAACUACAUGUUGCAGCAGGAAAUAAGGGCUGGACACACUUUAAAAACGUGUAUUUGUUUAUGGCUGUUUGAUAUGUUUGGAUAUUAAUACAACAACCUAUUUUAAAUGGGAGGGAGUUAAAAAAAAUAAUGUUUUCUUGUUGCCUGAUUAUAAUUUCAAGUAACUGCAGUGAGGCAGCUGUCUGAUUAAACACCUGUUUUUUUUUUUUUUAAUUUCAUUUGACUUAAAAGCCACUAACCACUAAUGGACAUGCAAGUCUGUUAUUUGUUAAAAUUCUGUAUUCAAUAAACUUUUUUAAAAUUUGUU